AUGGCUGAAGCACUCGUUUCCGUGGUCCUAGAACAGUUGGUUUCCCUCACUCGUAAACAGAUAGAAGAAGAGGUGAGGCUGGUCGUGAAUGUUGAAAGAGAAGUUGAAAAUCUCAUCUUCCAUUUCAAUGCUAUUCAAGCUGUGCUCCAGGAUGCAGAGGAGAGGCAGGUGAAGGAGAAGAGCGUCAGAACCUGGCUGCAGAAUCUGGAGGAUGUGUCGUACGACAUAAACGAGGUCUUGGAUGAGUGGAACACUGAAAUUCUCAAGCACCAAAUUGAGAAAGAAGAAGAGAAAGAAGGUAAAAAUGUUGCCCUUACAAAAAGAAAGGUAUGCUUCUUUAUUCCUUCCCCCAGCGUUUGUUUUGGUUCAAUUGGUAAGGUAAUUAUGCGUCGUGACAUUGCUAUGAGAAUAAAGGAAAUAAAUGAAAAGUUAACUGAGAUAGCCAAUUUAAGAGAAAAGUAUAACUUUCAUGAGAACACAAUUAGAGCCACUGAGAAACUUGAACAUGUUGAAACUUGUUCUUUUGUCCAAGUGUCUAGUAUAAUUGGUCGUGAAGAGGAGAAAAAUAGAUUAAUGAGCAUGUUGUUAAGUGAGAGUAGUCAACAAGGGAAGAGCCCAUUUGUUGUGAUCCCCAUUGUGGGGAUGGGAGGAUUAGGAAAAACUGCCUUUGCCCAGUUAGUCUAUAAUGAUGAAAAUAUAAAAACUCAUUUUGACACUAGAAUAUGGGUUUGUGUAUCAGACCCUUUUGAAGAGAUCAAGAUUGCCAAAGCCAUUGUUGAAGUUCUAAAUAAAGGUGAUGGUCGAAUUCAUUCAACUAGUUUGCAACCUUUGUUGGAAUGUAUAAAUGAAUAUAUUAGUGGUAAAAAGUUUGUCCUUGUCCUAGAUGAUGUGUGGAAUCCAACCAUUAGUAAUUGGGAACCAUUAAUGGGAGCUUUACAAAAUAGUGCUAUAGGCAGUAGAAUAUUGGUGACCACGCGAAAAGAGACGGUUGCUACUGUGAUGGGAGCAACCGUUGAUCACGUAAUCCAUUUGAACAUCUUGAGUGAUCAAGGUUGUUUGCAAUUAUUCAAUAAAAUUGCAUUCUUUAAUAGAGAAAGAGAUGAUCAGCUUGAAGAUAUUGGGAGAAAAAUUGUAAAAAAGUGCAAUGGUUUGCCUCUUGCUGCAAAGACCUUAGCUAGUCUCAUGCGAUAUAAGAAAACCAGAAAAGAAUGGGUAGAUGUUUUGGAUAAUAAGAUAUGGGAGUUAGAAGAAGUUGAACAACAGGUUUUUCGAUCACUAUUCCUAAGUUAUUAUGAGUUGAGUCCAGCAGUUAGACGUUGUCUUUUAUACUGUGCUGUUUUUCCAAAAGAUUAUGAAUUUGAAAGAAAUCAGUUGAUUGAGUGUUGGAUGUCACAAGAAUAUCUUAAUAUGAAAGUUUCUCACCAAAAAUGA